GCUCCCCACUGCGAGCACGCCUUCUGCAAUGCCUGCAUCACGCAGUGGUUCUCGCAGCAGCAGACGUGCCCCGUGGACCGCAGCGUGGUGACGGUGGCACACCUCCGGCCCGUGCCGCGCAUCAUGCGGAACAUGCUGUCCAAGCUGCAGAUCACCUGUGACAACGCUGUCUUCGGCUGCACGGCCGUCGUGCGCCUCGACAACCUCAUGUCGCACCUCAACGACUGCGAGCACAACCCCAAGCGCCCCGUGACCUGCGAGCAGGGAUGCGGCUUGGAAAUGCCCAAAGACGAGCUGCCAAACCACAACUGCAUCAAGCACCUGCGGUCGGUGGUGCAGCAGCAGCAGACACGCAUCGCCGAGCUGGAGAAGACCUCGGCGGAGCACAAACAUCAGUUGGCCGAGCAG